CUGGUCUACAACCGCAUGCAAAGCUUUCGGCUGACCUUGCGAAUCGCGUCCAACUUUGGCAAUUGGCCGUUGGAAAUCACGAUGACUCAUAUGGGAUUCUGCCUGCGAUGAACGCAAGGCCAUUCCAGCGGUGCGUUUGCAGCAUUGCAUUGCAAAUACCCGCCACAGGCAGCAGCAAGCAUGUUGCGUAGGCCAUCGCAUUUUGAUCUUGCUUAAAACGACUGCGCCCAGCUAGGUGAGCGUCUAUUCUCGGUGCAUUGUUUGCUCGCGCCAGAUAGACAAGGAAACUUACCAUCAAGACACCAUGGCUGAUGUUCACAGCUGCAAGUACCACGUUCGCGACCUGGCGACACGAUCCGUCACUCUAUUCCCGACCCAGGCGCAGGUGAUUCGAGACGUCAAAAAUGUGCAGCUCAAGCCAGGCACGAAUCAGAUCACCAUCGUGGGUCUGUCCCCGACCGUCGACGAAGACACGAUCAAAGUGGAGGGCACUGGUUCAGCCAUUAUCACCGACAUCUCAAUCAAGCUUCUCCCCAACCGCGACAUCUACGAAGACAUCUUUCCCGAUGACGAUGACGAUUCCGACAAGGAUGAUACCGACUCUGAAGAUGAGAAGCCGGCGGCAAGCGCAAGGUACAAAGACGCCGAGGCAAAGCUACAAACCCUGCAAAAGCAACAGGAAACCGUCCUAGCAGACGAACAAAUUGUCAGGGACUUGCAGGAUAGUGCAGCAAUUCGACUUCAAUUUCUCGAUUCCUGGGGCAAGUCGCUGAACUGUCAUCACUGUCCCGACAUCGAUCAGGCUCUGCAAACAUACAAGCAAGAGCGGGCAAAUGUGGCAUUGGAGUCCAGGGAUGCGUCGGCUCGGCGGCGAGAAAUACAAGCUCUCCAUGAACACCUACGCCUGGAACAGUCACGCCUGCAAGAUAUUAUGAACAAAGAGCGGGCCAAGACAUUCAAGGAGUACAGCAGGCAGCGCAAGGCUAGAGACCAGAAAAAACUCAAACAGAUCCAGUUGAAUCAUGAGAAGGAGGUCGAAAAAGAACGCCAGCGGGCGGAGCGCAUGCUCUUCUGGCCCAAAAACUGCUAUGCGGUUCUUGUCACGCUGGAGGUCGUGGGCGUCACCCCCGCCUCGUCGAGACGGGGCUCAUUGGCUGGCGACACUGUGCCCGUCGCACACAGCAAGACCAGUGGCGAGUUGGAAGGUGCCAUGCAAGAGACGAACUGCAGUCUGUCAUUGUCCUACCUAACCUCAUGGGCCUAUUGGACUCCAUCUUACGACCUAGCGUUUUCGACAGCUUCCAACUCGGGCACGCUAUUCUUUGACGCGCAGGUCACCAACCAAACUUCUGAGACGUGGGAAAACUGCAAGGUGGUGCUUUCUACCAGCCGCAUUGCUGUGUCUGGUGUCGGUAGCGACAUACCCGAACUCAAGCCCUGGAGCAUCCGACUUGCCCCCAAGACCAAAAAGUGGGAUGACGCACUUGAGAGCCGAGAAGAAAUCAAGUUUCGUCAAACGAUUGGACAAAAGCCUAUUGCGCACGCAAAAUCAGAUCGCAAUAAGCUGUUUGGGGAGAAGAGAGUGUCGACUGCUUACGAAGGAGUUUGCGAAGAAACGAAUAACGAAGAAGAAGACAAAGAAGAGGAGGAGGAAGAAAAAUAUGAGUGUUACAACGGAGCCAUGUCUUAUGACGCCGCUCGCGAACUCGAAGAGGAGCCCCGUCCGCCGCCAACCUUGGAGUUUCAACAGGCCUCGUUUGACGAGGCCGGUCUCACGGCUACAUACGAGCUUCCCGGGCAAAAGACUCUCGCACCGGCACCUACUGCCUCCAAGUCCCGCAUUGCUACACUCGCAUUUGCAAAUAUCGUCUUCUCUCACACGGUGGUGGCCAAGUACAAACCGGUCGCGUUUUUGCAGGCAAAGGUGCUCAACACCAGCAAGCUGACAUUGCUCAAGGGGCCAGUCGGCUUGUCUCUCGACGGCAGCUUCAUCGGGCGCGUCUCUCUCCCUCGUUGUGAGCCCGGCCAUUCAUUCAUUGUGGGUCUGGGUGUCGACCCUGCCGUCACGGCUGUGUAUGCCAAACCCGAAGUCAAGCGGGGCGCGUCCGGCCUCCUGGCUCGUGAAAACAUCAGCGUCUACCGCCGGUGAGUCAAUCUGUUCAAUACGCGAGCGACCGGUUCGGGCCCCAAUCCAGUCACGAUAUCGGUGCUCGAUCAGAUUCCCGUCAGCCAGGACGAACGACUACGGGUUGACGUUACCUUGCCUCGUGGGCUGGUCCCGGGCGGGAAGGGAGUUCCUGCAGGGGAAAUUGUGGUUCGUGACGGCCUCAGUGAGAAGGGUGACAGGACUUGGGGCCGGGCAGUGGCUGUUCUGAGGCAAAAGGGCGAGAUUGUGUGGGAUGUCACACUUAACCCUGGGAAGGGUGUCGAGUUGUUGCUCGAAUAUGAAGUGGCUUGUCCUUCAGGUGAGCAUGUGGAGCAGGAGUGGAGUGGCCAUCGUCCCACCAACCGGAGCUUAUUUGACUAAAUAGCCCCGGCUGCAUAAAACGCACAGUGCCUUUGACUUUACGGUACAAAGUCACCAACACUUUCCCCACCUGUCCCAUUUGCGCUAGUCUGGUGCUUUGAGCCACUUGAUGGUCAAUUGGCAGACUCGAGAAUUUACAAUAUUGCUACUACUGUCGACGUCUAUUCUUCUUAUCACAUAGAGAAUUAAUAACAUCCUUGCAAAAUCGGCAUGCCUUUUUUUUUCUUAACUUACAAACAUGCACUGCAGUGGAAUUAGGUGGCAAGCCAUUU